AUGGCUCUGUCAAAAUUCGGCUUCAAAUCGAGGACAUACAUUGAUUGGAAUGAUUUAGUGGGUGCAUGUGAGGAGAAUUUUUUCGGCAUCCUGGCUAUCUCUAUAUUGCCUCAUUCAUUAUAUUGUAAUUGUGAUCCGAGUACAAGCAUACAAACGUUGUUCUUAUCAUCUGCAAUAUCAGUCAUGUCUCUCGCUACAAAGAAACGUUUUGUGAUGAAACAGGCGAAAAGUGAAUUCUUUGAGCCUAAAGAGGACGAAAUUAUCGCACGUGUUUUAACAUCUCCAGGAAGAAAUUUACAUGAAGUGGAUGAUGAAAAGGGCGAGAAAUAUUUAGCAAGUAUGCCAAGGAAAUUUAGGGAGACGAUUUAUGUCAAACGAGGCAGUUUUGUUUUUGUGAUACCGAUAAAAGAAGGUGUUAAAGUGAAAGCAGAAAUUACGCAGAUUUUGGAUAAUGAAAAUAUUUUAUACUUAAGGGAACAAAAACUAUGGCCUAAAAGAUUUGAAGUGUAUGCAGAAAGUAUAACUCGUGAAGCAAAAAGAGGUGUUGUUGCUGGUGGUCCGAAAAGACAUAACGUUAUUGACGAAGAUAUGCUGCCAUCCAGUGACAAUGAUGACGAUGAAUGUGACAGUGAAGACGAUGAAAAGAAGAACAGCGACAGCUCAGUGGGCGGUUUUUCCGAUCUAGCAGAAAGUGAAGAAUUGGGAGAAAAUGACGAGACGGAAGAUGGCGAUGAAGAAGGAUCUGACAAUGAUGAUCUUGCUUUCAAAAUAUAUAAUCCAAAUCGAUUAAGGCGAUUAUAA